AUGGCGGCGCCGCGCGUCCUCCUCCUCCUCGCCGCCGCGGCCAUCCUCGCCGUCGCCUCCCUCGGGGACGCUUCGGGCGAGGGCCCCCGCGGGCGCAAGCUGCUGGUGCUCGUCGACGAUCUGGCCGUCCGCUCAUCCCACUCGGCCUUCUUCGGCUCGCUUCAGGCCCGCGGGCUAGAUCUGGAGUUCCGCCUCGCCGACGACCCCAAGCUCUCGCUCCACCGCUACGGUCAGUACCUCUACGACGGCCUCGUCCUCUUCGCCCCAUCGACCCCGCGUUUCGGCGGAUCGGUGGACCAGAAUGCUGUUCUGGAGUUUAUCGAUGCUGGGCACGAUAUGAUUCUGGCAGCAGAUCAUUCGGCUUCAGAUCUGAUCCGCGGCAUCGCGACGGAGUGUGGGGUUGACUUUGAUGAGGACCCGGAAGCAAUGGUUAUUGACCACAUCAAUUAUGCCUCCAGUGAGGUUGAAGGUGACCACACCUUGAUUGCUGGCGAUGACCUGAUUCAGUCAGAUGUGAUAUUGGGAUCCAAAAAGAUUGAGGCUCCUGUUCUGUUCCGAGGGAUUGCGCAUGCGGCUAAUCCAUCCAACAGCUUGGUUUUAAAGGCUAGGAAUAAUGCUCGUGUGUUAAUAUCUGGAUCACUGGAUUUGUUUAGCAACAGGUUCCUAAAGUCUGGUGUGCAGAAGGCUGGCAGCAAAAUGAGCCAUGACAAAGCUGGAAAUGAACAAUUUGUGACAGAGACGAGCAAAUGGGUCUUCCAUGAGAGGGGUCAUCUGAAGGCAGUGAAUGUGAUGCACCAUAAGGUUGGGGAGACAAAUGAGCCUAGCAUGUACCGCAUCAAUGAUGACUUGGAAUACUCAGUUGAGAUAUAUGAAUGGUCUGGUACAAGUUGGAAGCCAUAUGUUGCUGAUGAUGUUCAGAUUCAGUUUUUCAUGAUGAGCCCUUAUGUUCUGAAAAAUAUGUCAACUGACAAAUCGGCUGUAUAUUCAGCAUCCUUCAAAGUUCCAGAUGUUUAUGGAGUUUUCCAGUUCAAGGUUGAGUACCAAAGGCUUGGAUACACUGGCCUCUCUCUUGCAAAGCAGAUUCCAGUCCGUCCAUACAGGCAUGACGAGUAUGAGAGGUUCAUAACUUCAGCGUUUCCAUACUAUGCUGCCUCAUUUUCAACAAUGGGAGCCUUCUUCAUAUUCUCAGUUGCGUACCUGUAUCACAAAUAG